CAUUGUUUCAAAGGAAAGACAGUCUACGCUCCUCAAAUCAUCUUUCUGCAUUGUGGUGGCAGUAGCAAUAUGCCUGUAGGCGUCUGGUAUCACUUGAGUUAUGGGACGAUAGCGAUGUACAAAAGGGAUUGGGAAUCCUUCGGAGGGUUUUCAAAAAAAUUCCUCAACAAAGUCACGUGGGGUGGUGAGGACUGGGAUAUAAUGGACGGUGCAGUUAAGGGAGGACUGGAAAUAGAACGCAAACGUGCGCCAUGGAUUUUUCACUACAAACACACCAAAGCGGGAAUGUGGCAAAGAAAUUAG